CAUCUCGUUCGAGCUACGCACGCAAUUAGCGAAAGUACUUACCACAGCGACAGGGCUCCUGAAAAUGAGGGAAAUUCUUCAUCUGCCAGCAGCACCGCCGAGUAUAUUUAUAAUUGCUCAGUGCGUUUUGUGUGAGUAAACGAACCAGAAGCCAAAAUCACUACCUGAAUAGUUUUCUCGCCAAGCAACCAACACGUAAUCGAUGCAAGACUUCGGCGAAAAUAUUCAGCAGGUUCACAAUGAUAAGUUGGGCAGGCACCUGGUGGCGGGCAUGAGUAUCGAACCGGGAGACACCCUGCUGGAGGAGCGGCCUCUGUUGGUGGCUCCCCACUGGGAGUGCCACCAGUUGAAGUGCGCCCAGUGCCUCCAGGAAUCCUAUGUGAUAUGCCGGCGGUGUCAGGUGUUUCCGCUCUGCAUGGACUGCAGCCAGCACGACGACUUUGAGUGCGAGUUCUUCAUCAGCGGAGCAGGGAAAGCCAUCUGCAAGGACAUUCUCGUCAAGAACUUUGGGAUAUGUGGACUGCUGAAGCUGCUCCUCUUGCUGGAGAACCCCGAAACAAAAGUCGAUUGCGAAAUGCUGAUGAAGACACCAUUAAAUCUGGAGGACUAUCGCGAUGGGGAAGGAAUGUGGCAGGAGCACGAGGAGCUGGUGGUGCGUCCGCUGAUGGAAAGUGGCCUGCUGGGUGUUCUUCCCACCCAGCAGUUGAGCUCGGAUGUUUUACAUGCCCACUGCAUUCGCAUCGACAGCAAUUCCUUUGAGGUGACCGCACGAGAUGGCGACACCCUCAAGGGAGUUUUCGUUUGUGGAGCCAGUUUGCCCCACCACUGCGUGCCCAACACGGUGGUGGCCCUGGACGAGCAGUUCAACAUGAAGCUGUAUGCGGCUGUUCCCCUGCAGCCGGGUGACAUUAUCUACAACUCCUACACGAAUCCCCUGAUGGGCACCAGCCAGAGGCAACAUCAACUCCGUUUGAGUCGGAGGUUGGAGUGCACCUGCUCGCGCUGUCGGGACCCCACUGAGAUGGGCACCCACAUGAGCAGCAUGAGGUGCAGGGAGUGCGACGGAUUCUCUGUUUGCGAGAUAGAUCAAAAUGGGAGACUGGGAGAUUGGCGUUGCCCGGACUGCAAGGCCCUGCUCACCGCUGCCGAGGUCCACGAACUGCAGGCGGAGGUGGGAUCAGCUUUGGUUGAGGCCAGGGGUGACCUGAACGUCUACGAAGCUUUGCUAACCCAGUUCGGGCCCAUGCUCCAUCCCAAUCACUUCAUGCUGCUGGACAUCAAGCAGAACAUCGCCAGCAUUCUGAGAGCAGCCGUCUUGAUGAACUCCAUGGAGCAGCCUUGCAAAAAGCUCCUGGCUCGCCGGGUUGAGCUCUGCUCCGAUCUGCUGCCCGUCUGUCGAGCGGUGGUUCCGGGAAUCUCCAAACUCUAUGCCAUUGGCCUGUUUGAGUACCUAGUGGCCUUGGUGGAGCUGGUGGAACUGCAGUUUGCAGAAAGUGAUUUGGAUAAAAAGGAAUAUGUGGCCCAUUUGAAAACCGCCAGUUUGGUGGCCAAGGAAGCGAUGGACCUACUCCGCUUCGAGCCGGAAAACUCAGCUGAGGGCUACCUUUCCGACCGAAUUUCCAUGGAGCUGGAGCGCAUCGAGUCCGACUUGAAGAAGUACGGCAGGUAGUAUCCCAGCAUCCCAGGCUUUUGGUUGAUUGUUGAAUGCGCCUCGCAGAACUGCUGCGUCGAUUUUAAAUUUAAAAUAAAUUAGAUUAGUCGAAUGGAAGCGAUGCGUUCCCUUCUGUUGCUGCCACUUUUACAUUGUGUGCCGGCGACAUGGUUCAACGUUUGGCUGGGUGGGGGAAUCAUUGACCAAGAAAUAAAUAAAGAAUUGUCGUUCAAUUAAAAAUAA